AACCAGGGAUGUUGUGGAAACACAGGAGCACUAUAAGAGCAGGUGGAGAUCCAUCUGGGUUAUGUACCUGACCAUGUUUCUCAGCAGUGUGGGUUUCUCAAUUGUAAUUAUGUCUGUGUGGCCAUAUCUCCAAAAGAUCGAUCCGACAGCAGAUGCAAGUUUCUUGGGCUGGAUUAUAGCUUCCUACAGCAUUGGCCAAAUGGUUGCCUCUCCUCUCUUUGGCUUGUGGUCCAAUUACAGGCCCAGGAGAGAACCUCUUGUCGUUUCCACUGCUAUUUCAGUGGCUGCUAAUUGUCUUUAUGCCUAUGUCCACGUGCCCCAUUCACACAACAAGUACUACAUGCUGACUGCACGUGCUCUUGUGGGAUUUGGAGCAGGAAAUGUGGCUGUAGUUCGGUCCUAUAUUGCGGGAGCCACGUCUCUGACGGAAAGAACAAGUGCCAUGGCCAACACCAGUGCCUGCCAAGCAGUUGGCUUCAUUUUAGGACCAGUUUUUCAGACAUGUUUUACACUUAUUGGAGAAGAAGGAGUAACAUGGAAAGUACUUUGUCUUCAACUGAACAUGUAUACAACACCAGUUUUGUUUGGAGCUCUCUUAGGAGUUAUUAAUAUUAUUCUCAUCUUUGCCAUAUUCAGAGAGCAUCGAGUGGAUGAUUUGGGACGGCAGUGCAAAAGUGUCAAUUCUGAAGGAGAAGGAAGUGGUGGUGUGGAUCAGGAUGCAGAAGGAAAUGUUGAUCACGUCGCUGUGGUAGCCAUUAAUGUUCUUUUCUUCGUCAUCUUGUUCGUGUUUGCUGUCUUUGAAACUAUAGCUACUCCACUGACAAUGGAUAUGUAUUCCUGGACCAGGAAACAAGCUGUUUUUUACAAUGGAAUAAUCCUUAGUGUGAUUGGCAUUGAGUCAGUUAUUGUUUUCAUGGUGGUUAAAACCCUAUCGAAAAAGACUGGUGAGCGUGCCAUACUCCAUGGAGGAUUACUGCUUGUCUUGGUUGGGUUCUUCAUCUUACUGCCCUGGGGGAAAAAACUACCAAAUAUCCAGUGGCAAGAAAUAAAGAAUAACUCCAUUCCGAGGACAGUGCCCACUGAAAUGGUCAUGCCCUUGUGGAGCUGGGAAGAGAUGCAGCUGCCAUCCAACCACACUGAGCCUGUGGGCUGCCCUGUCACACAGUCCUGGUGCCUGAACACUCCCAUGAUCUACCUGGCCCAGUACAUCAGCUCUGACAUACUCAUAGGAUUGGGCUAUCCUGUUUGUAAUGUCAUGUCCUACACUCUCUACUCAAAAAUCCUAGGGCCAAAGCCUCAGGGUGUCUACAUGGGAUGGUUAACUGCCUCUGGAAGUGGAGCACGAAUCCUUGGGCCUGUGUUUGUGAGCCAAGUGUACACUCACCUGGGACCACGCUGGGCAUUCAGCUUAAUCUGUGGCGUGGUUGUAGCCUCUCUCUUACUCUUGGAGAUAGUAUACAAGAGACUAAUUGCAUUUUCUGUCAGAUAUGGAAGGAUGCAAGAAGAGAAUUGUUAAAUAUGUAUUGAAAAGAAAAGGUAAACCCAACCAGAAGUAAUACUGUUUAUUACUACUUUUUAACAAGGA